AUGGUCGAUUUUCAGGAGAUAGAGGCGCUGCUCAAAGAAGUUGUCGGUGGCAAGCGACUCUCGGCGUCCAAGAUGACAAAGUUUCAGGAAAUGGCAAUGAAGUCUCUCAAACAUGACACCAAACUCGUCUCUAUGCUCUAUCGAACGCAUAAAUCUCUACCCAAGAGUCAAAAGAUAUCUAGUUUCUACGUUUUUGACGCUCUUGCGAGGGCUGCAAAGCAUCAGGCGAACAAGCACUCGUUGGCAAUAGAAGAGAGACCCAGUGACAAGCCUGGGAACGCGGGUAGCUUUUUGUUCAAACUCGAAGGAAUUCUGGACGGACUGGUAGAGGACAUGAUGACCGUCGGCACUUCCGAGGCCAAUGAAAAGACGCGCAAAGUUCUCGAAAUUUGGAAAAAGGCCAACACGUUCCCUCCUGAUGUAUUGUCUCGGUUACUUCAGAUUGUCGACCAAGGAGGACAAGGUACAACAGCAGAAGCUGCGAGCACGAGCACUCUACCGAUAACAGACAAAACCCAGUCGCAGUCUACCGAGUCUGCGGCCCCGUCAAAUGACCUACCGCCCGCCAUCCUCGCACUUUUGGGUCCUACACUGUCUACAAAUGGAUCUGUAGCAAAUACACUCGGCAGCACACUUGCACCUGCUCCCCAGCCAAACCCGGCGCCUUUAGAACCAUCCCAGCUCGCCCUUUUACAACAAUUGACACAAAAAGUUGCGGCAAUGGCUCCACCACCCGCAGCGUUGGGUACAGCGCCAGCUCUUGGUGGCCGACCAUCGAUCGAUCCGCAGUAUAUGACCAAUACCCCAACAUACGUACCGCAUUCUAAACGAUAUCAAGAAGAAAGAGAAGAUCCUCGACGCCCUCGACCACGGGACCCUCCGGCGAAUGGGGGCCAUGGCGGGAACCGAUACGACCGACCGUUUGAACACAACAAUGACAGUGACACGAGUCGACGAAGAUUUGGUCCCGCUGGUCGGGAUCGAAAUGGUGCGUCGAGUGGGAGCGGAGGUGGUCGAUGGGACCGUCCACCCCCGCCGAGGAGGGACCAGCACAGUCGAUCGCGUUCACGUAGUCCUCCCGCAAGAACAGACCCUCGCAAAAUCCCGAGCCCUACUUCCGCAUCCGUACAAGUUCCGCGCGGCCAGGCGAUUCCGACUUUUACCAGCGUCGAAACACCGUCGAGAGGAGCACAGACGAUGCAGAUGAACACUCUCCAAGGGAAAAAAGAAGCAUUGUCGAGUAUACCGUCCUCGUCUUCGACACUCGCGACGCUCGACGUGAGCAACUUUGACAUGACCUCUGCCGACAGCUGGGCAAAGCUCGGUGCAGCGUUUAAAGCUACGCAUGGACGAGAUGGAACGCAGGAGGAACUCGUGGCCACGCUCAUGGCGCUCCAAAACGGCCUGCCGCCUCCGUCAUUUGGUGGAUCUAUGGGCGGCAUGAACAUGCAAAACGCGUGGCAAGAAACUGCAAAGGGCGCCUAUGCCAAUCAAGUCCCAUAUUGGUCGAAUCCUGCUGCGACCAUUGGCACGUGGGAGACACGAGAGCUCGACGAGGCGAAACAUGGAGGUCGUCAUGUCGGGCAUGGAAGUUAUGACGAUGGGAUAGGGUAUGCAAUUGGCCCUGGGAGAUGGCAGAACAGCGAUGCAGUCGUACUCACCGGAAAUGAUGAUUAUUAA